AUGAAGAGAUUCAGUCUGUUAGUGGCUAAAGAUUCGGAGGGUGGUAUCGGCAGAAACAACGAACUUCCUUGGAGAUGCAGGAAAGAAUACAGACAUUUCGUCGCCACUUCUAGCAGACUGAAAGACGGGAAAAAGGCAGCGGCCAUCGUGGGACGGAACACGUGGGAGUCGAUCCCGGAGAAGUUUAGACCGCUUAAAAAUAGACAUAACUAUGUUAUAUCAUCAACUAUCGAUGUAGCCAAUCCAGGAAGUGUGCCAGUAUUUAAGACACUGAGUCAGUGUAUGAAAAAGAUAGACGAUGAUGAUGAGGUUGGAGAUGUUUGGAUUUGUGGUGGUUUCGGUAUGUACCAGGAGGCAAUGAAGAGUGACAGACUACACAGAAUGUACAUAACUAUGAUACAAGGAAAAUUCGACUGUGAAGUGUUCUUCCCUUCCUUUGUUGAAGAAGAUUUCAACCUUGUUAUAGAUCCUGAUGUGCCACAAGGGACAGUAACGGAAGAGAAUGGAAUCUCCUGGUCCGUCAGUGUUUUUGAACGGAAGAAAUAAUAUAACAUUAACUUAUAAUAGGAUACUUUUUUCGUUUUUGUUAUAUUUAUUUUCCCUUCAUAUUUUAUAUUUAAUGAAACUAUAGGUUUUC